AUGUUCCUGCUGCAAAGCAGUUACAUGGUUGCCAAGGAUCAUGGAUGGCUGAAGCUCACAUGUAGACCCCAAGAGGUCAUUCGGAUUCACCGGCUGGUUUCAAAGAGGUACGUGAAGAAGAAAAUGUUCGGUGAUGGCUCGAAUCGCGUCUCGGCUCAUCGCAUCAUCACUGCAGCAUCCCUCUCGCCAGUCAAGAAACCCACGUCUGUUGAGAAAAUGUCCAAGCUCAAGUGCCUUACACUUCGAGGUGUUCGGAACUUUGGACCAGACGACGAGCAGAAGCUUGACUUUGAGACUCCUAUCACUCUCAUCCAGGGACAGAAUGGUUGUGGGAAAACAACCAUCAUAGAGGCACUGAAAUAUGUGACUGCUGGUGAAUUUCCACCUGGAACCACAAAAGGGCAAGGAUUCAUCCAUGACCCCAAACUCACGCACAAAGUUUCCGUGAAAGGGCAAGUGAGGCUCGCAUUCAGAGAUGUGAACGGUCAGAGUAUGGCAGUUGUUCGUACCAUAGAAUGCAUUCAAAAGAAGGCAAAGUUGGAAAUGAAAACGUUGGAUAGUACUAUCAUCAAGAAGACACCAACUGGAGAGCAAGUGUCCUUGAGUCACAAAUGUGCUGACCUAGAUGUGGAAGUGGGCUUGGCACUAGGUGUCACCAAGCCAAUUCUCAACUAUGUCCUCUUUUGCCAUCAAGAGGAAUCUAACUGGCCUUUGGAUGAACCCAAGAAGCUGAAAGAAAAAUUUGAUGCCAUAUUCUCUGCCACCAAGUAUAUAAAAUGCUUGGAUGCAAUAAGGAACACCAGAAAAAAAUAUAUGGAAGAUGUGAAGACUAGUAAGGAAGUACUAAAGGAGUUGGAGAAGAUGCAAGAUGUUUUGAUGCAAAAGCAGAAUGAGCUGUCCAAGCUCCAGAAACGAGAAGAGGAAACCAGGGAUGAAAUUGAGACAAUAGAAGUCCAACUUACACCACUGCGGGAAAAACUGGCAGAUAUAGAGAAGGAAGAGAAGGAGAUUCAGCAAUUGAAUCAUGAAAUAGAUACCAAGGAAGUUAAGCUGAAGGAGAAUGAACGCGUGCAGAAGGACCUGCAGAAUAGCAUCUCAGAGGUAUUUCGUGGGACCAAAGAAGACCUCGAGGAUGACAUUAAGGCUUUUGCUCUCAAGAUCCGUGAGAAGGAGAGCCAUCUGAAACAGCUGGAGAAGCGAAAAGAGAGCAUCGGGGCAGACAUCGAGAGGCUAAAUGGAGAGCGGCGCAAGAUGCUGAUGGAAGUUGGGAGACUUCAGACUGAGCAUGACCAACAUAAUCAGAGCAUCAAAGACCGAGAUACCCUCAUUCGUAGUGCUGCACGUGAUUUCAGGAUUCCUGCUGAAGGAGCAGACAUUCCUCAGAAUAUUAUGGAGAAAUUUCUUAGAGAUUUAAAUGGAGUUGUCACAAGCUCUGAAGAUACAAUGCACAUGACUGAGGCUGAGUAUGAUAUGAAGCUUAAUGAAGCUCAGGAGAGAAUCUCUGAAAUUAGGGACAAGAGAUCCACCUUGGAUUCCACAUUGGCAUUGAAGCAGCAGCAAGUUAAGGAGUCAAAGGAAGAAGUGAGAAAGCUGGGUCGUAAUUUGAAUCAGAUGUCUGCUUCUGACACUGAACUUUCCAUCAAGGAGUCCCAAAUAGAGAGAGUGGAUCAAGACAUAGCUGCCUUAGAGGAAGCCUUUGAUGAAGGUGGGAUCAAGAAAGAGAUAGAGGAAGUGCAGGGGCAGAAAUCCAGCUUAGAAACUGUGGUGAAUCAGCUGAACAAGGAAUUGAAUCGCCUGCAUAUCGAAUCAUCUGCUCGAGCUGAACUAGACAAGCUCCGUUCUGAUCUCAAUGCAAAGCAAGAAAGUAUUCGUCGUUUGAAAGUGACACAUGAGGAUAGCAUCCUCCAUCUGGUUGGGAAUGUAGCUGAUGAAGAUAUCCGAUCUCAAGUGGAUUCUCUUGUCCAGCGCCUUAGUGGUGAAGUGAAAACUUUGCAGAAUCAGCUAGAGGCAGCCCGGUUGGAAAAUCAUCGCCUUCAGGAUAAAAAGGUGCACUGUGAAAAGGAGCUAGCAGCAAAAGAGAAGGAACUUCAGACAUCCCAGACUCGGAUCCAAGACCAGGUUGGUAACCAAGAACUGGAAACAGCCAUCCAGCAGACUGAGAAGGCCUUGACAGAGAAUCAAGAAGCCAAGGGAGCAUUGGUGGGCUCCACUCACCUCUACAGUCGCUAUGUGAAACGGCUUCAGACAAAGGGCCCAGACUGCCCUUUGUGCCAUCGCAAGUUUGAGUCACGAACUCAAAUAGAAGAACUGAAGCAUCACAUCCAAGACAAAAACACAGCUGUGACUGACCUGGAGGAACGACUGGAAACACUGCAAACUGAUGAAGCCAUCGCUCGCUCCAUUCAGCCUGACCUAGCCCUGCUUGAGACUCAAGUCAGGGACAUCCAACGCUUGAAGAUAGAGAUUGCAUCACAGGAGACAAGAGUCUCUGUGUCUGACUCCAGACGCACACUGCAAGUGGUGGCUGCUGAGAAGGAAAGGGAGGAAGCCAGGCUCAGUGCCCGCAGGAUGGAGCUGGAAUCCCUUCAGCAGCGUUUGGCAGACCACAGGGAACGAUUGAACGACCUUCGCAUCCAGAAGAGUGCCUUGGCAGAGGCCAAAAUCAAGGCAGUGAAUGAAUUGCAAGAAAGGGUGAAGAUGGAGGAGAAGCAAGGGGAGCUGCAGAAGCAGAUUGCAAAGACUGAGGCAGAAAUCCAGGAGAUUCAGAGGAAGUGUGAACCACUCAAUGCCCAGCUGAAUGCCUCUAGCAAGGAUAAGGCCAGAAUUGCAGAUGAGAAGAGGGUUGCGCUUGAGCAUCAUCGAACCAAUUUAGAGAAAAAGAGGCAAUGCAGGGAUGGAAUAGAGAGUCUGCAGAAAAAGAUAAUGGGAUAUGAGUCAAGUGGGAAGGGGAAUCGGCUGUCAGAGGCCCAGGAGAGAGAUGAUGAGCUUAAGACAGAGCUAGCCCAACUGGAAGCCAGGAGGGACCUCAUGGUGGAGCAGCUGGAUUCCCUUCGUCGGGACAUCUCGCAACAACAGGUGCGUGAAAACGAGCUGCAUGCAUGCCUGCUGUUGAUGGAGAGACAAGAGGAACAGGCAGAGUUAGAGAAGCAGCUGGGGCGAUUAAGAGCUCAAGUUAGUGGCCAUAACAGCACUGACCUCUUCAAGGAGAAACAGACCUUGUCUACCAGAGCAGGCACACUCCAACAGCAGGUUCAGUUCCCUUCCCUUCCAUUCUUUUGCCCUGUCUCAAGAUACCAAAAGCAAGGUCAGCAAAAGGAGCUGGCUGAAACCAUCUGCAGAAUCAACAAGGAGCUUCAGGGCAAAAUCCUCAGAGAUGCAUCGGCCAAUUAUCUGAAGAAGUUUCAGGAGUUGAAAGCAACAGAAAUAGUUGCAGAAGAUCUGAACAAGUAUUACAAGGCUCUGGACUGGGCAAUCAUGCGCUUCCAUGUGGAAAAGAUGACCACUAUAAACCGGACUGUACGGGAACUUUGGAGCACUACUUACAAGGGCAGCGAUAUUGACUACAUCGAGAUCAAAACAGACCCAAGUGAUUCUAAGGGAGCUGACUCAAGGAGGACUUACAAUUAUCGAGUGGUGAUGAUCAAGAACAAAGUAGAGCUGGACAUGAGAGGACGAUGUAGUGCUGGGCAGAAGGUCUUGGCCUCCUUGAUCAUUCGAAUAGCAUUGGCAGAGACAUUUGGUACCAAGUGUGGUGUCUUGGCUCUUGAUGAACCUACAACCAACUUGGACAAGGAGAAUGUGGAAUCUCUUGCUGAGGCUCUUGAAGAGUUGGUGAAGAAGAGAUCAAGGCAGCGGAACUUCCAGCUCGUUGUCAUUUCACACGAUGAGGCUUUUGUUGAGCGACUUGCAACCAAAGUCCAUGUAGAUGACUACUAUCACGUCUGUCGAGAUAACAACCUCAUGGGGACAGUGAAGGUGAGGGAGAUGCAAACUUGUUACAAGGAAGACCCAUCUUGA